AUGGAGAACGAUCAGGGUGUGCUCGUUGAUCUCUACGUCCCUCGCAAGUGCGCGGCGACCAACCGCUUGAUUACCUCCAAGGAUCACGCGUCCGUUCAAAUCAGCAUCGCUGAUGUGGAUGCUAACGGCAAGGCACUUGGCACUUCCACUAUGUUUGCCCUGUGCGGCCAGGUCCGAGCAAUGGGCGAAUCUGAUGACAGCUUGAACAGGCUAGCGACCAAGGCAGGCUUGUUGAAGAACGUGUGGUCUUACCAAAAAUGA